ACAAGUCCUGCAGAGCAGGCCGGGCCUCGGUGAGGCAACGUGUUACUAAUGUAUCUGGAACUGUGGGACGUGUCCCGGGGCGGGAACAAGCACCCCCAGUCCUCCUAGCGGGUGGUGGACGGCCUCUUUGGGAAUGGAAACCCCUGGAGACUGCAGCCCUUAGUGACAAGAAGUCGCCGUCCCAGAAAGUGUGGUCUGGAGAAAGCUGACAUUCCUGCUUCUCAGUUUGCUUAUCCGCAAACCGAGACCAAAAGCCCUGUCGCAAAAAAGAGUGUUGAUGGGCGUAUUAGAUCCCGAGGAAAGAUCACGCCAAGACAGUAGGUCUAAAUAAAUAAAUAGUGAUUUGUUUAAGUGUAUUUAUUUAUUUGGAGAGAGAGAGCGAGCAUGAACGGGGCAGAGAGAGAGAGAGGGAGGGAGAGAGAGAAUCCCAAGCAGGCUCCACACCGUUAGACAGAGCCCGAUGCUGGGCCCGAACAAACGAGCCAGGGGAUCAUGACCUGAGCCGAAACCGAGAGUCGGACACUUAACCGAAUGAGCCCCCCAGGUGCCCCCGAUAGGUAGUCAUUUAAAGCGAAUGGUUACUUCAGAAGUUUUGACAAGGGGUGUCGGCAAGUAGGGUGAGGUUCUCAUCGCGCGGCUGUUCGUGUCUGGAAGUCUCCGUGUGAGAACAGUGCAGGUCAGAGCUGACGCUUCUCCCCGUCAGCUGAGUGCUCAGGCAAGGAAUGCCUCUGAGAAUGCCGGAAGCAUCCCACCCUUCGCUCAUUUGGUGAAUACAUGUUAACCCCACAGACGUCUCUGAGCGCUCGAAGAGUGCCAAGCUGCGCCCUGGGCCCCGGGAAGGCAGUGUUGCGCGCAGAGAAAUCUUGCCCUGACGCCGACGGGGCUGCAGCUCCGGGAGGGCAUCAGCCGAACAAUCGCACAGACACGUCCCCGCACAGCCGUGGGACGGCACCACACAGCUGGCUUCGAGACACCUGGUCUCCCGUGGGAGAUGGCCAUUGGGAGAACGCGUCCGGUUGGAAGCCGGGUUUCAAAGACGGGUUCUCGCCACCUGGGAAGAGCUCCCCUGCGCACACCUUCACAGUCACGACAGGCGUGAUUUUCACUGUGUUCAAGUUCUUUGGCUUCGUGCGUAGUAGGGUUACUGGAGCCUGUUGGAAAUGGUGGCCGCCGCCUCGCACAGCAUUAGCUAAGGGGGCAUCGGGUGGUCCCGAAGGGCCGUUUCGCUCUAGCCUGGGUCAGUCCAACUGCCAGUCGGGGCUCCCUUGUGCAGAUGGAGGCGGAACAGUGAAGAGCGGUCAGAUCCCCAGGGGGGUAUCCGCACCAUCCACGGCCUGCGUCUCGGCCCGUCUCCCUGGGGCUCUUGGACCUAAAAUUGACAGGCACCGAUUCAAGGGUGUAGGUCAACCAUUGUUACCAUGGGAGGCGAACGUGCCCACGUCUGUCAGGUCCUUCACCCAGCCCCGGAAAGGAAUUCAGAACCGUCCUGGGGCUCUCCGAGACUAGACUCUGCCCUCUGUCACUGAUGGGGUUUGGGCUGCAACCUGGAAGCUCCUGGAAAUUGGGAGUUUUGGGGAUCGAAGGCUGCCCGAAGAUAGGCUUUGUGAGUCACUCACGUAGAGAAACCCAUACCUGAAAGGGGAUCAUUCCCCACCCCCCCAACACUGCCACCCCCCCAGCCAGGUGCAGACAGGUGUGCAAAAGCAACGUCAAAUCAGGGAUAGCAUAGCAACAUCGGCUUUUCUUUUUUCUUUGAAAAGCGAAUAUUAGAUGACUACUUCCCAGUUAGAAGCUUUGGAAAGUGCACUCCGAGUUUUCCGUUUUAGACAAAUGUCGGCUCUCCCCUGCCGUGGUCCCCACUGUACCGAUUUGUUCCAAAUCAUUUAAACAUGUAGUCCUGUGGCUCGCCUCCCCCGUGCAGAGGUGCGGCGUCCCUGUCAGAUCCGUCUCCAUUUCUACUGGAAGAAGACAUUGGGAGCUCUGUCAACACUUGUGACAGGUUGGCCACACUGACACCUUUGUUGCUUAAAACCAAAGAGGACAGUGACGGUCCAGGUGCCCCAUGUGCUCAGGGCUCAAAUGGGACCACGGAGAGGAUUUCUGGAGCAUGUUUGGCAGUCACUUCUGAGUUUUCCGUCGAGACCCAAACGCUGAGAAAAUCUUUUCGCUCGUGCCAGUUGGCCAUCCUUCCCUCUCAGCGCUUUCCCGGCGCACAGGGCCUGCGCGCUGCUGGAAAGUCGUGUCUGCGCUCUGCACAAAAGCUGCCUGCCGACCUGCUGUGCGUGAUCCACGGGGCUGAGAUGACAGGGUCCCGCUUGAUGUUGGCUGUGGGUGGAUUUCAGGUUUUCAUUUAAGUAAAGAAUAGUUUAAGCCUUCAGCUGGGAGAGGGGGUUAAUGUGUCCGUGGGCGAAGCCUCGGGGGUUCUAAUGCAGCAGGUGAUCCACCAGCAUAGCCCUCCCCCCUCCACACCCCCACACCCCCCAGGUGGCCAGAAGAAACUGUGGCUCUUUGGCAGCUCUUUGCCAAAACGCUUGGUGGAGGUUGGGAAACACUGAAUUGUGAAAUUUAAGGCAGGGCGACGGGGUGCUCUUGUCCUCUUUGGCACGUGCAUCCUAAGUGACAGGAACGAGAGCAGACCUCAUUCAAUGGGCGGCCAAAGGGUGCCGGGCUAUUCUGAACCAAUCUGUUGGUCAGCGUGCUACCUUCGACAGGCUCGGUAGCCAAUGCUGAAUGACUUGGGAUGGUUUCAGUGGAGAGACAUGAGUUCACUGAUGCUGUGUCUGUGGGGGAAGCCAGGAGGCCGACAGGAUUCCAGGAGGCUUUGUGUGAGGGGCUUGCUCACUUCCAAGAAACAACGGGCGGAGCAGGAAAUGUGGACAUACGUGCUACUCGUUAAAUGACUUGUUCAUAUGGCAGAUUGUCCCCAUCUGGGGGUGCGUGACCCCUGUUAUGUUCACAGGAGCCACCAGGAGGUUGUGGAGACAGAUGUAUCCUCUCCUUAUCUCCGAUCCCCUGACCCCCGAGGUGCCUGUGGCCACUUCUUCCCCCGAAUCCUCUCUGGAUUCACUGUUGAUUCUCACACUUGCUGCCUCAUUCUUCUUCCUCCUCACGCAACCUGAUUCCAGGCAUUUUUUCCUUGAGUGAUGCUCCUUGUGGCCACAUGGAGCUGUCAUUAGGAGUGUGGGAUGGGAGGAGAGGAGAUGAUGGGGUUUCAGAAGACUUCACCUUGAUUUUGAUAAAUGAAAGGAGGUGGCCUAUCCCCACAUUUAAAGCAAGGCAACGGGCAAGAGCACCCCGUUGCCUUGCUUUAAAUUUCACAAUUCAGUGUUCCCCAACCUCCGCCCACACCCACAUGCUUUAUUAGAGGAGAAUCAGGGCUUCAGGGGAACCUGUGGCGAUUUCUGUUUCCAGAGUGUGGUGGGUGGCUUCAGUUCAGCAGGACUGGUCUGGUCAGUGACAGCCUCACCAGCACUGUGCAGUCUCAGCGGGACGUGUCUUUGGGGUGUUUUGUUUUUUUUUAAGUUUAUUUAAGAGAGAGAGUACAAGCAGGGAAGGGGCAGAGAGAGAGAGAGAGAGGGAAAAAAAAAUGCCAAGCAGGCUCUGAGCUGUUAGCACAGA